UAAAAAUGCCUGGUUCAAAUGAUUGGACAUAUGAUCCAACAUGCAGUUGCCAAACUUGUUCAAAUAUCUCUAAUACUUUGCCCUGGGAAUUGAGACAAAAAUUUCUUUAUCAAUAUCAACUUCUCACACAACCUCGGCAAAUUCAACAAAUCGAUUAUAACAGAGUUUAUUCUGAAAACAUGCCCGCUUCUCAAGUAAUUAGUAACAAUAAUAAUUUUCUAACUGAAAACACAACACCUCAAGCUCAACUUUCUCAUCAGAAUAGUUAUGAAUUUAAUCUUCAAAAUGGUUAUGCUGCAAGCAUGUUUCCCUUUCAGCAAAAUUAUCUACCAAUUCAGCAACCAAGUUAUGGGCCUCCUCCAAUUACUUCAAUUAGCAGAGAUCUACCUAACAGAGAUUAUCCUAAAAACACGUCCACUUCUCGAAUAAUUAGUAACAAUAAUAGUUUUCAAAUUGAUCAAGCAGUCCAAAUCAUUAUCAAUUCUAUUCUUUUUCAUAUUACAAAUCAAACAUUUUUAACUAAUCAAGGAUCGAAUGCUAGCAAUAGCCAAGCUCAAGUUUCUUCUCAAGAAAUGCAUGCUAAUGCAACUGUUAUUAUUAACCCUUCUCAUGAACGUUCGAAACUUCGUCUUUUUAUUGCAUCUGAGACUGGGUACAACUUUGCUAAUGAGGCUGAAGCUAAUACUGGGGUUGAAUUUGAUUAUUUUGAUAAGGCUGAAGCGGCUGCUGAGGUUGGAUUUGAUUAUUUUGAUAAGGCUAAAGCGGCUGCUGAGGCUGAAGCAGCUACUGAGGUUGGAUUUGAUUAUUUUGAUAAGGCUGAAGCAGCUGCUGAGGUUGGAUUUGAUUAUUUUGAUAAGGCUGAAGCUGAUUAA